ACAGUAGGACCAAUCUUGCCGCUCUCGCGGCGCCUCUGCAUUUCAAAAUCCAACUUAGACCUCAAAUUCACAAUUCUCAAGUCCACACUAGUCUUUACUUUCCGUGCUCUAAGCUCUGCGGCUCUCGAUUGGGUUCGGAAAUGGAGGCCAAAUCUUUCGCAGCUGACAAGUUCAAAGCUCUGACGAAAUCGACCCAGGAUUUCUUCGACACUCUCGUCAAUGGACCUCCUAAACCUCCCAAGACUAAUCCCAUUUCUAGAUUGAAGCGGUUGCAACGAGAAGCGUUUACCGACUUGAUGAAAUUGAGGGAUAGACAGGAUAAAGUGGAGAAGAUUGUGUCGUUGUAUGGGACUUCCAGAGGGAAAGGGGGUCCAUUCCAAGAGACCGAUAUCCUUAUCAGGGGAGAGUUUGAUCACUUGGGGGCGUUAUCGUUCAUGCAUAAUAAUGAUGAGUGUCACGAAGAAUCUGAGGCUCUAACUCAAGCUGGAAUAUUACCCGGUGUUAAGUCGAGGUUCAGUGUUGAAACAUCUGUUCGGGAAAAUGAUACACUUGUGGCGGAGUUUGUGGCCAGUGAAAAGCACCAGAUGGAUCUCUCUGAUAUUUCAGAAUGCUCGCUUUCUCUAGCAAAAGUGGCGUAUACAGCAAAUGUCAGUAAUUGGUUAUCUGCUAUUGCAAUCCCAGUAGGAGCUCAAUGUAGGGAUGUUGCAGUUCUUACAAAUCCUUCUCAUCAGGGGAAGGGCCUUACUCAUUUUUCAUCAUUUGGACCACCUCUUUUAAAUGAGCGUAAGGGUAGUGCAGUUGGCAUGAUGGUGAAAAAAUCAAAUGUUGUGGCUUCAUUGGCACAGUUUGUUUCUGGACAAGUAGGUUCGAGUAGAGUUGGGCGUUGCUUCAGCACCUUUGGGCAAGUUGUCUGUCAACUACCUGCAAGAACAAAGCUCUCACUGCUUGGUCUGCACCAAGUGCCUAAAUUGUCCAGUGAACAAGUCAGUCAUGUACCUUCUAACUUUGGAUUAGGCGAUUUGGUGCAGAAUCUAUCCCCUGAGAGAACAGUUGAAGCAUAUACUCCACCCCUGGGAACAAGCUUACAGGGAACCAUGUCAACAGGACCUACUGGAUCCAUUGCUCUGAUGAUGGAGUCUGAAAUUGAUGAGCUCACAAAGAUUGGAGGUUGGAUUGAGAUGAAGCAAUCAAAUCCGAAGAAUAUAGAAUGGGCUGUCACCGUAUCUGAUGACUCCGAAGAUACCUUUGGAUGGGGACUCAGUUUAAAUGGGGGACUGGGGGUCCAAGGUCCUCAAAGUUGGAACCAUUUCCAGGUUGAAUCCUACUUGAAACUUAACUUGGGUAAGAGACUGAGUGUAAAGCCAGGUAUCACAACACAUAUAGUUGAUGGCAAACCCAGAAUGACUGCUCUCAUGCUUCGGUCUAAUUGGUUCCUCUGAGUGAUCAGUCUCAUUUUCAGUUCUAUCUACCGGCUUCAAUUGCUGAUCUGAGGAUAUCAACUCAUCUAUGUUUCUGGCACAUCAAAUUAUGGAUAGUAAUGCGCUUCUUAUCUUCAGAUGCUUUGUAUAAUGUAACUGCAACUCUUAUGUGAUCGGCAUUUUCCCCUCCUUUGUACCAAGGAUUUGUUAUUAGCGGUGAUCAGAAUUGACAUUUUUAAAUGAGGAACUUGUGUCUUUGGUGAAUGCUA